CACAUUCGAGUUCAAAUAAAACCUAUUGAUCGAAAUUAGAUUAGGGGUUUGAUUAGGAGAAGAAGAGACUUAAAAAAGAGAGGAAGAUGAGUAAUAUUUCUCCAACCCAUUCAACAGUUUCCAUGGCAACAACAGUAGGAAGUACUCAAGGAGUAGGAAGUAGUGUUGGUGGUGGUGCUGCUGUUACAACAUCUGAAGAAAGUUCUUCAUUUCAGUUUCUAAAUGAUUUUACUUCUGGUCAAGAGCGUAAAGAUGAGGCUGUGCUUGUUUUAAAGGCUGAUUUAAUGGCUGCACUGAAUAAAGAGGUGAAGUCAUUGGAUGAAGAUAAUUGGAAGUUUGCUGGUCCUCGUUCGCAAAUUCACCGUAUUGCAAGGCCAGGUGGAAUCUUGCACAAGCAGUCACAACUGGAACCCCCAAAGCAGUGGAAUUUGGGUCAGUAAGUAAGAUCCAAGUUAACCUCAAUUUUUAACCAGAUUUUUAAGGUAUCAGUGGUUGUGAUGAUCCUACUUUUUUGUUGUGAAAGUUGGCCAAAGGGAAAUUGUAUGUCAAUUUUGUAGCAACUGCUGUGUAUAACUUGAAAUAUGAAUUAAAAUCGAUCUUAAGCUCAAUCUCUUAGUCUGAUUGAUAAUUAA